CCCACACCCACCCACACCCACACCCCACACCCACACCCUAAAAAGAGAUUAAGACUAAUGUUUUCAUUUGAAAUUUGUUGUAUUAAUGUUGAGCGAUCUCAUAUAUGCGGUUGAAAUCAAAACUUAUCGAAUGAUAUGUUUAAUCGAAAAUAUCAGUCAAAACGAUUGAACUUGUUAUAAUCUCUUCCUGAUCACGGGGCUGGUUGCAGUUACUCCAUAUGAUAUUAGUUGUAAUCGUUUCAUGUAAUAACGGAAAAGUUAUAUAAAACUUGAUUAAUGAAUCGAAAGAAAUCUAUAAUAUAAUUAUCUAAUAUUAAAAAUAGAUUCAUACAUACACUACAGUUCGUUCAUUUUAUCGUAAUCAACGAUUUUCAAAUGAUGUUUAUCGAUAUAUUGAACAUGGUCUUCAUUUAUCAAUAACUGGUUUUACAUUAUCAAUAUGGAUGAUAAGAAAUAGUGCAACAAAAGAUGGAGGAGAAAAUUUAUCGAAAAAAAACAGUAUGUCAUCAAGAGAACUCUUUAAUAAAUAUCCAUCAUUGUUUCAUUUAUUUUAUGAACAAUUACAACAAACAACAAGUACUCGUCCAUUAAUUGAAUUAUUAUCAUCAUCAUGUUUAUUUGCUAUACUUGUAAUUUUUCGUCGUCUUUAUCCAAGUCCACUUAAGGGGGUUUCCCUUAGAAAACUCAAUUUUUCGAACAUGAGUCGAAAUUGA